UCUUCUCUUCUCUCUCUCAUGUCUCUCAAUUUACUUCUGAUAACUUGAAAUUUGCUUAGGAUUUCUGAAGGACAAAAAAUUCGACCCGACAGAUUAUUUGGAUCCGAACAUGAAAACCCGAGGAAUUUCAAUAGCCAUUGUUCUAUGCGCAUCACUUUUUGUUCUCAACAUUGAAUCCAAAACGCUUGAUCCUUAUAAGGUGCUCGGAGUUGAUAAAAAUGCAAGUCAGCGUGAGAUCCAGAAAGCUUUUCACAAGCUAUCACUUCAAUACCAUCCAGACAAAAACAAAAAUAAGGGUGCACAAGAGAAAUUUGCUGAGAUUAAUAACGCUUAUGACAUUCUGUCUGAUGAGGAGAAGAGGAAGAACUAUGACCUAUACGGAGAUGAGAAAGGAGCUCCUGGAUUUGAUGCUGGCGGUGCUGGAGAUCAUGGUGGAUAUACAUACUUCACAAGUGGUGGACCAGGACAAAGUGGGUUUAACUUCCGUCCAGGUGGUAUGGGUGGACAAGAAGGUGCAAGAUCAUUCUCUUUUUCCUUUGGUGGUCCUGGCAGCCAAAGAUCUUUCGGAUUUGGUUUAGAUGAUAUAUUUUCCAACAUGUUUGGGGGUGAUAUGGGAAGUGGGAGUCAAUUUGGGGGUUUUGGUGGCUUUGGUGGUUCGAGCAGGUCUCAGUCUAGAACCAGGAACUCUGCUAAGAGCAUCCGCUCCAUAAACUCGCAGAUGUAUAAGAAAGAAAUAUCUGAUAAGGGAAUGACUUGGCUGUUACUAUCUCAUACAUCUACGUCAAGAGGUAUCCAAUAUUAUGAAUCUGUCAUUGGAGAAGUCGCAAGCUCACUGGAAGGGGCGAUGAAGGUGGGAAGUAUAAACUGUGAAACUGAUGCAUCCUUUUGCAAGGGCCUUGGUGUAUAUCCCCGCAAUGCACCAAGAUUGUUUGUGUAUUCAUUAAAAUCAAGUGGAAGUGGUGCUUUGGUGGAGUACAGUGAUGAUUUAGAUGUGAAGAGGGUGAAAAGUUUUUGCCAAGAACAUCUUCCUAGAUUCUCGAAGCGAGUAGACUUGGACCACCUUGAUUUUGGUUCCCAGAGUAUAGGAGGUUUACCUAAAGUGAUGCUUCUCUCUACAAAGAAGGACACUCCGGUUAUUUGGCGUGCUCUUAGUGGCUUGUAUCGGGAUCGUUUUGUCUUCUAUGAUGCACAGGUUCGUGAUGGUUCUGAUCCUGCUGUCCAAAAGCUCGGAGUUAAUGCUCUUCCUGCCAUUGUUGGCUGGCUAUCCAAUGGGGAAAAGCAUAUAAUAAAAACAGGAAUUUCUGUAAAAGAUCUUAAGUCUGCUAUUCAAGAUCUAAGUGGUUUACUGGAUACCUGUGAAAAGAAAAACAAGGAGGCAGCUUCACAGAGUAAAAGAGAGCAGAGUGAACCAGAGGCUAAACAAGUACCACUAAUUACAGGCUCUAAUUUCAAUGAAAUUUGCGGGGAGAAAACUCCUGUGUGUGUGAUUGGUGUUUUCAGGUCAUCUAAAACAAGGGAGAAACUAGAAAAAGUUCUAUUAUCCGUUUCUCAAAAUUCAUUAUUAAGGCGUCAGAAUGUAGCCUCUGGCUCAAGGGAUUCAGUUACCUAUGCUCUUCUGGAUGGGGCAAAGCAGCAGUCUUUCUUGAAUGCGUUUGAUAGAUCAGGAUAUAAAUCAUCAGAUAAACUCUUGCUCGCCUACAAGCCGCGGAAGGGUAAGUUUGCAGUUUUUGAGGGGGAAGUUACUACUGAAGAAGCAGAGAGUUUCAUUAGCUCCGUUCUCAGUGGGGACGUACAAUUUUCCAACACGAGACAGAAACCUAUAGCAAAGUAGAAAAUAGCAACUAACUUUAGUGGUAAUCAAAAAUACUGAGAUCUGGAGCGCAUGUACAGUCAGUGCUUCGAGGAAGCUCCUUUAUGUUUGAUAUUUAAGCCCUUUUGUCAUGAGCUGGUCUCUACUGGAAAGAAGUUGGUUUUGCAGCAAGCUGAUUAAUUGUUGCCGGAGUGGGAUUCUUUUUCUUUUGAUAAAAAUGCACAUAAUAGCAGCAUAUAACUUGCCGUACGUGUAGCUUGUGUGUUUUAGUACCAUCUUUUUCAUAGUCUAAUUUCUGAAGUUUGUUGCAAUUUCUCAUGUAUAAUCUUAUAUCAGGCUAGUUAGACUUGUUACCUUGUCAAGGAAUAAACUAUCAAUCAUUUUCUGAUUGUGGGUUA